CGGUCUUCUGUCCUAAUACCUCGUUCGUGUCUAUAAAGUAAACCCCUCAUAAAGCAUCGAGCCGGUGCGGGCGACGUGAGGAAUCCCCUGGUACUGCGGUUUUCACAGUGAAUGAGAGUGGUCGAGGAUUUUUAAAGUUUUACUCGCCGGUUGGACAAAGAAGAGGACGAUGGACCGCCAGUAAUCCGUUUUAGUCAUUCCGUAUGCACUCGGGUAUCCCUCGGCCGCGGUGCUCCAAAACUGCGAAUCGGCGAAGAGGGAAAUCAAAAAGAAAUCGGAAUGCCAGUUCAGAAUGGUUGAAGAGGAGAAGUGAAAAGUUUGAAUAAAAGGCAGUCAAACGAGUUGUUCGAGUGAACUUUAUUUAAGUGUUGACGGUAUCUAAAGCGGGAAUGAAAACCGAUGAUCGGUCGAGGGGAACGAUGCAACAUCGAGAGAAACGAGGCGAACUUCUAGUCGGUACAUCGACAUCUACAGCGUAAAGAAGCAGAGAAACAAAGAAAGAAAUUGAUUAUAUUUCGUAGAAAUUCACCUUUCACAAAAGUAGAAAUAUGUAAAUAGUAGAAAUAAUAAAUUUAAUCAAAAUAUAAUUAGCUGGAAAGUAUUAAGAAAACUGGGAUACCCCGAAUAAAAGCGUAAUAACUGAGAGGUAAAUUAAGAUAAAAAUCUUAAAAGAUAAAUUCUUCUCUCGCGCGUACAAAAAAGACGUUUACAAAAAGACAGGUCAAAGAGGGGUAAUAAGUUUUCAGAAAAUAUAUAUAUAAUAUAUAUAUAUAACUGUAUAUAUGUAUUAUAUAAAACUCUAUCUUAAAAAUAAAAUAGAGUAGAAUGGAGGGAAAAAGAAGUCGACUUGUGUAAGCGAUGCAAUCGUAACAGACUAAGUGAGUACACUAAUCUGCGAUAUAAAAACGGACGGGCCGUAUUUCAGCCAGUCUAAAAGCGAUUCACUCGCAUACACAGGAUCUCGUUAACGGAGCGCGGGAUAGUCGAGGAGAAGGAAGAACGCGACACACAAAGGACUUCCACGGGACGCGGCACGCCGUCUGUCCUUUCGUACGCAAGAAUGCAGGAUCAGGAUGAAUUUUACAGAACCCUCUGCUCGUCGGAGACCCUACGCUCCGGCAAGAAGGGAUUCUUCCACGAUUUUAGCGAGCACGUGAUGCAAACCGCGGGCGAUACCUGGACGUCGAGGAUAUUCGGACGGAUCGAUGACAACGAAGGACGGGUGAGGGUGAUCUUCACCGAUGCGAAAGUAAAAGACGUCGUGACUGACACGCUCGCAAAGGUGAAGCUCCUUUUCAGAGACAAGGAUGCGGAAGUCUCCAAGCGCAGGCGACUCGAAGGAUACCAGCUCGCUGCCGUCGGCGAACACGACAAGGCCCUUUUGCUGUUCAGUCAGGCUGUCUUGCGCGCCCCUCAACCAGGUCACUACAAAUGUGGUAGAAACAAGACAGUUGAUCAGGGUCUUUCGUUGUCCCUGGCGCUGCUGGGAAGAGCUGAGAUCUUUAUGGCCCUCAAAGAGUAUUAUUUUGCGUUAGAGGAUCUGCGACUGGCCGCCGAACAUGAUUUGCCGGAUAAACUCAUGCAGGAACUUCAGCAAAAGAAAGAACAGUGCGAGCGUUUUUUAAAAGACAACGAGAACUCUCUGAUGCUCUUCGACCCCCGCAUCAACAAGAUGGCUCAAUUGAUUUCAGACAAGGAGAAAAGCAAUAGUGGUGGCGGCGACGGCACGCCGUUAAAUGGCGCCGUUAAUUCCGAGCUUCGUUGGUCGUCCGGCGCCCUGGAAAUCCGUGAGACCACGACGGCGGGUAAACACGUCGUCGCAACCGCGGAAAUACAUCCGGGUGAUAUUCUGUUAGUCGAGCCGCCGCUGGCGGGCUGUCUCCUGCCCGAGUUCUACGGCACCCAUUGUCAGCAUUGUUACGCAAGACUAAGAGCGCCGGUCGGGUGCCCGAACUGCAGUUGCGUUGCCUUUUGUGGAAAGAAAUGCAGGGAAGUCGCGAUGGCGACGUACCAUAAGUACGAGUGCAAAGUCCUGGCGUUGCUGAUAGGCUCUGGCAUGAGCGUGCUCAGCAUGGUCGCUCUUCGGAUGGUAACACAGGAGGGUCCACGGAAGUGUUUGAAGAUCUACGAGGAAUUAAAGAAGAAUGACGUGGAAAAGGUCGCAGUGCUUUUGGCGGCUACCUCUACUACAACGCCGACGGCGACGUCGGAUACACACGACAUGAAAUCGCCGGCGAGCAGUAAGUCGGCCAAAAGAAGAAUCAGACGGAGAAAACUCAAGGAAUCUAGACGAGAGGAAAUUAGGGAGACGAUGGAGGAGAAGGGCACAAAAGAGUCCUGCGAAGGCGAUGACGAGAGCGUCGACGUGGCUCCGUAUAACUUGGUGACGCACGCGGACAGACGGACGAGCAAAGACUUUCUAGAGAGAUCGCUGAUGGCAGCCUUUCUGCUCAAAUGUCUGCAGAGAGUCGGUUUUUUCGCAAACCCCACGCCGGACGAUGGUACUUAUCAGCGGCCACUUUACACCCGUAACAUACACCGAUUUCUUCUCGUGGGGGCUGUAUUUAACUUUCGGAAUAAUUUACCGAAUCAAGUCCCGGGCGUCGAGGAGAUCAUCGUAGCCGCCCUGCUGCUAAGGAACCUGCAGCUGCUCCAAUUUAACGCCCACGAGUUUUUCGAGACGCGAAUGAGUGCGGAGCAUCGAUUUCGUGGCAGUCGUCCGGUCUACCUCGGCGUGGCGAUUUAUCCCUCGGUCGCCCGUUUCAAUCACGACUGCUAUCCCGCAGUGACGAGAUACUUCAUUGGGCGACAUAUCGUAAUAAGAGCGGUACGUGGUUUGCGACCCGGCGACGUUAUUGCCGAAAACUACGGACCGAUAUUCACGAAGAGGACCCUCGCCGAGCGUCAAAGGACACUCGCGGGAAGGUAUUGGUUCCGGUGUACGUGUAAGGCCUGUCAGGAGGAUUGGCCGCGCUUUGAGAAUCUGACGAACGAUUCUGUCAGGUUGAGGUGUCCUACGGUAGGAUGUGGCGGACUGCAUUCGCGAUCCCGGCAGGGUAAGCCGAUAAAAUGCCCAGACUGUCAAAAGAAAAUCUGGUUGGAGGAUCGACUCGCGUGUCUACGGGAGUGCGAGGCUCUCUACGAACGUGGAUUGGCCAGUAUGGAAAACGAAAGGGUCGAUGAGGCGAUCGAGACAUUCUGCGAAGCCCUGAAGAGAUUUCACCAAGUCGCCUGUCCACCGCAUCGGGACACACACCUGGCCGAAAUUGCUUUAAACUCCUGUCUGGCUGACUACGGGAAUACUUGGCGACUGGCGGCGCUUUGAAGAGCGCGUAGAUGGAGAAGGAAACUGACUUGAACGGAUCCUGUAACCACGCGGAUGACCGUGGCGGCAGUUCUCGAAGAUGUCCUUCGAAUAAAAGAAGAACGCGUUUGAUCAUAGGUCGUGGACGUUGGUCGAGCCAAUUUGGUUACCGCACACUACGACAUGCUGAGACACAUACCCGUCCAAUAUUCUGUAUCUUGUUUCAGACAAAAAUUUAUUGUUUAGUAUCGUUUUUAUCUUAAUCGGUAUU